UCGAGGUUUGAGGCAAAAGCACGAAGAAGGAAGGGAGCACAGCGAGGAAAGGAGACGCCAUUCAGUAGCACAUUGCCGCACAAGAGAGCCAGGCUUGCAUCUUCUUCAUCCAAGCGUUGAAACCCUAUCUUGACUUCUGGUAAACCUCAGAAGCGUUGCCGCGUCCCUUUGCAGCGUCGGCACAAGCCGGAAUGGCCACGUAUGCGCGGGCCUCCGUUGGACCCGACAUUGUGGCGCAGUCCGCCCAAGUCGUCCAGUCUAGUUCUCUCCGCCAACAACCCCAUGGGAAGCUUGUCAGAUGCGUCCCCCCGUCUUGUCAACGCCUUGGUCUGCCUGGAAGUAUGGUAGGCAAGGGCAAGGCGUGUUAUCAAGGUCCGCAGGCGCGGUUGUCUGCUCCAGAGGCCGGGCCCAGUGUCCCUAUGGUUCCCCCCCCAGUAGAGUGGAUCUUCAAUGAGACUGCACAGAGGGCCCUCCGAUUGGUGCCUGACGAGGAGCAGGAAGAAGAUCGGGGGGGUCAAGAGGCGCGAGGGGCGGAGGGGUGUAGCACGAGCGAACAUCUGGAAGGGGACGGCGGAUGGAAGCAGCAAGGGUCAAGGCUUGGCAGGAUAGGGGGCCCGUCAUUCUUGGCUAGUACGUUGCAGUCGAGCUCUCCGCCGAAGCAGCGUCAGGAGAGCAACGAGAGGGACCAGUUCUAUGUGAAUGUUGGGGAUGCAAUUAGGACGCUGAGGGAAGAGCUUCCGGGGCUGUUCUACCGGAAACCGACGUACAACAUCUACAGGGAGGACAUUGUCUUCCGGGACCGCGUCAACACGUUUCACGGGCUUGACAACUAUAAGCUCAUCUUCUGGGCGCUGCGCUUCCACGGCAAGAUUUUCUUCAAGGCCAUCUGGGUCGACAUCCAACGCAUCUGGCAGCCCAAUGACAAGGUCAUCAUGGUGCGGUGGACUGUGCGUGGAGUUCCGCGCGUGCCGUGGGAGGCGCAGGGCCACUUUGACGGGACCUCCGAGUACAAGCUUGAUAAGGACGGCAAGAUUUACGAGCACAAAGUGGACAACGUCAUCAUGAGUCAGCCCCCGUCUUACCAACCAAUCAGCGUCAUGGAUCUUGUGCGGGCUGCCGGCGGCCGCCCCACGCCUAGUUUCUUCAGUGGCUGCGAGUCUCAAGACAGCACCAGCCUUGUACAGCCCAACAACAAUUGGAGCCUGGCCCUUGUCUCAGAGUGGGAAAGGAUCGCUUUCAACUUCAAGCGCGCCAGCUGGGUGCGCUUCUACUGGGCGCUGAAAGGCACCCUAGCCAUCAACGGGGCGUAUCCCGCUGGAUUGUAAAGUAUGCUGGUCUGCAAGCGUCGGUCGUGUUGGGGGCCUCUAGGUAGCUCGGGUUUGCCCAUGACCAACUGUGUAUAAUAAGGUGUGGGCAAUGCCCCCACCAGAGCGGGUGUAGAAAGGGUCACGUUGUUGAGAUGCACCUAGAAUUGGCCUAGCACAGUCUGGUUUUGACCUUUAUCUUUCCAUGUUCAACUUUGGAUUGAGGCGACACUCGACGCUCAACUUGCAAAACUUACCGUUCAAAUUUAUGGCGGCUCGGUUUACUUUACA